AUGAGAUCUUUUGUCAUUCAUCUCUUUGUUUUCUCUUUUUCACCAAUCUUUAUGUUUUCUGCUCCAUUAGGCACUAUUAGUGCUACUGAGUCACUUAAAGAUGCCAAGACCGUAGUUUCAGCUGGUGGGAGCUUUGAGCUAGGAUUCUUUAGCCCCAAAAAUUCCAGUAAUUGGUACUUGGGAAUAUGGUACAAGAAGAUAUCUGCUGGGACUGUAGUGUGGGUUGCCAACAGAGAUACCCCAUUAUAUGGUUCAGCUGGAGUUUUGAAGUUUUCUGGCCAGGGAAUUCUUACACUUGUAAAUGAUGCUAACACCACAAUUUGGUCUGCCAAUUCAUCUAAAUCAGCACCAGCCCCAGUUGCACAACUUCUGGACACAGGUAAUCUAGUUGUUAGAGAUCACAAUGACUCGGAAACUUUCUUGUGGCAGAGUUUUGAUUAUCCAUGCAGUACGAUUCUGCCUGGCAUGAAAUAUGGAGUAAACUUGGUAACAGGUCUCAACCGGUUUCUGACUUCAUGGAAGAACGAUCAGGAUCCUUCCAGAGGGAACUAUACAAAUCAGCUUGAUACAAACGGGUUACCACAAUUUUUACUAAAGAAAGGUUCUGUGGUGCAGUUUAGAUCUGGGGCUUGGAAUGGUCUCAGGUUUACUGGAAUGCCUAAUUUGAAACCAAAUCCCAUAUACACCUACGAGUUUGUAUUUAAUGAGGAGGAAAUAUAUUACCAUUACCAACUUGUUAACAGCUCAAUUUCUACAAGGUUAACACUACAUCCCAAUGGAAACCUCCAGCGUUUCACUUGGAUUGAUAGAAUACAGGAUUGGAGCCUUUACUUGACAGCACAAAUAGAUGACUGUGACAGGUAUGCCAUAUGUGGUGCAUAUGGUAGCUGCAACAUUAACAACUCCCCUUCUUGUGGAUGCUUGAAAGGUUUUACGCCGAAGUCUCCCCAAGACUGGGAGAUGGCAGAUUGGUCACAUGGCUGUGUACGAAAGACUCCACUGGAUUGUCGGGAUGGAGAGGGUUUUCUAAAAUAUUCUGGCAUUAAAUUGCCGGAUACACAGCAUUCCCGGUAUAACAAGACUAUGAACAUCGAAGAAUGUGAGCAGGUCUGCUUGAAGAACUGCAAUUGCACAGCUUAUGCUAAUUUGGAUAUUAGAGGAGAAGGAAGUGGGUGCAUACUCUGGCUUGGAGAACUGAUUGAUACUCGAGAAUUUUCUGAUGCUGGCCAGGACAUAUAUAUAAGGAUGGCUGCCUCUGAGCUAGUGACAUACAAAAGCUUGAAGGGAAAGACAAAAGUUAAGACCAUAGUUCUAUCUGUACUAGCUGUGGGUAUAACUCUUGUAGGCCUAUGCUUGAUACUACAUGUAUACAAGAAGAAGAAGAAGAAGAAGAAGAAGAAGAAGAAGAAGAAGAAGAAGCAGACUAAGGUAAAAGGAAAUGUGAUGCAUACUCAAGAGCAAGACAGCAACGACGAAUGCCAAGAUGAAAGUCUAGAACUACCAUUAUUUGGUUUUAGUACUAUAGCAGAUGCCACCAAUAAUUUUUCUGUUGCUAACAAGCUUGGAAAGGGUGGUUUUGGUCCAGUUUAUAAGGGAAAACUUAUCGAGGGGCAAGAAAUAGGGGUUGAAAGGCUUUCAAAAAGUUCGAGACAAGGUAUCAAAGAGUUCAAGAAUGAAGUAUUAUGCAUUUCCAAACUUCAGCACCGCAACCUUGUGAAGCUUCUAGGGUGUUGCAUUGAAGGCCAAGAAAGGUUGAUAUAUGAAUACAUGCCCAACAAGAGCUUAGACUCCUUCAUAUUUGAUGAACAGAAAAGUAUAAUCCUGGAUUGGCCUAAGCGUUUCCACAUUAUCAAUGGGAUAGCUAGAGGGUUACUUUAUCUUCAUCAAGAUUCCAGACUGAGGAUAAUCCAUCGUGAUCUAAAAGCUAGCAAUGUCUUACUAGACUAUGAACUGAAUCCAAAAAUAUCAGAUUUUGGCAUUGCUAGGAGUUUUGGAGGAGAUGAAACUGAAGCAAAUACGAAGAGAGUGGUUGGAACAUACGGUUAUAUGUCUCCGGAAUAUGCAAUUGAUGGUGUCUUCUCGGUAAAAUCUGAUGUUUACAGCUUUGGUGUUUUGGUACUUGAGAUAGUAAGUGGAAAGAAAAACAGAGGAUUUUCUCACCCAGGCCACAAGCUUAACCUUCUUGGACAUGGAAGUGCCUGGAGGCUCUUCAAAGAAGGCAAGCCAUUUGAACUGAUGCAUACAUCCAUAAGGAACAAAAACACAAGCAAUAUGUCCGAGGUAUUACGAUCAGUCCAUGUGGCUCUACUAUGUGUGCAACAGAAUCCAGAAGAAAGGCCUAACAUGUCAACUGUGGUUCUGAUGCUAAGUGGUGAUGAUAUUACACUGCCACAGCCAAAAGAACCUGGGUUCUUCACUGAAAGGCAUCUUUUAUGUAUGGCUUCCUCAUCAAGUCAGCAUGAAAGUUUUUCAUCCAACAGACUAACCAUUUCACUAGAGGCUCGACAGAGUUCACUUUUACUUGAGACUUUGGAGAUUAUAUUAUGCCGACAUACGAUGAUGAUGAUGUUAUCCAUAUUUCAUAAAGGAUUGAGAAACUUAGAGAAAAAUGAGCUCACAGGCUCGGUUCCUGCCGGGCUUAUUGCAAAAAGAAAUGAUGGUUUGUCAUUGAGUUUGUGUGGAAAUCCAAGUUUAACGGGGCAGGUUCCUUGCGAGAAGAAGAGGAACCAGUUUGUUAUUCCGGUCGUUGUGUCAAUUAUUGUCAUGUUAUUGGUCUCAUCCAUUGCAGCAGCUAUAUUGUGGAACUCUAAGAGGUUUCGUGCUCAUUUGAAGUACUGGAGAGUUGGUGAAGCAGGUGCAAUUACUGAAUCUGAGAUACAUAAUAGAAAAGGACACGAUGUGUUUUUGAGUUUUAGAGGUGAGGAUACACGCACAGGUUUUGCACGUUAUCUAUACGAAGCUUUAGAGAAAGAAGGAAUCAAGACAUUUUUUGAUGAUAAAAAGCUCAAGAAAGGAGAUGAAAUAGCAGUUACACUAGUCGAAGCAAUAGAAGCAUCAGAGAUUUCUAUCAUUCUAUUCUCAGAAAACUAUGUUUCGUCAAGUUGGUGUUUGGCUGAACUUCUACAAAUCCUUGAAUGUAGAAAGACAAAAGAUCAACGAGUCAUCCCAGUUUUUUACAAAGUAGAUCCAUCACACGUACGACAUCAAACUGAUAGUUUUUCCCUCAACAAGUGGAUAGACAAAAGGCAUGUCAAUGUUCCCGUAUGGGAGAAAGCUCUUACAGAAGUAGCGAGUUUGGUGGGAUUUCAUUACAAGGACGGGUAUGAAUUUGAAACGAUCAACAAGAUUGUUAAAGAAACAUCAGAUGCCAAGGAGCAAAAGAAGGAAAAAUCACUUGAAAGGUUCGUCUCAAUACGCCCACCAGGUGGAAAUGACGAAAUAGUCAUCUACAUGACUUCAUCAGCUAAGGACAAGAAUUUCCAGAAUUGCCAGUUAAUGCUGCAGAGCUUAAGCCGAUUUGACCCGCUGAAGCUUUGGCAGCAGCGUGACGUUUCAGAGAAAAAUUUCAGACAAGAGUUGAAAAUGAUGAUGAAAAAAGAGCUGCCUCCUCCAAGAAUGUUUUGUGAAAGGAAAAUAUAUGAGAGGAGUUUGCAUGGUCAGGACGUGGUGCAACAAGCCGGGGCAAUCAUCAGCGUCUCAGAAACAGAGAUCAAUGGACGUGGUGGUUCACCAAUGUCUCGUGGCGAAAUUGAGUGUUUGGCUGACAGUGGGACUACCCACACUAUUCUGCGGAAUAGGCAAUUGUUUACGGAUUUUGUGCCUUACAAAUCCUCAAUGACAACCAUGAUUGGUUCAUCGCCGGUUAUACAAGGGCGAGGUAUUGCACAAUUCUUGUUGCCAAAUGGCACAAAGAUUCAUGUCACUAAUGCCUUAUACGCGCCAAAGGCCAAUCGAACCUUGCUAAGUUUUAAGGACAUUCGCGCCAACGGUUUCCAUUUGGAAACUCAUCGUGAGAAUGAUAAAGAGUUUUUGUGUAUUACCUCUAUUGAAUGUGGCCGUAAGCACAUCUUAGAGAAACUUCUGAGUCAAAGUAGUGGUUUAUAUCUUACUACAGUUCGGAUUAUUGAAUCCUAUGCAGUUGCUCGCAACUUCUGCGAAUCUGACUCAUAUAAGCUUUGGCAUGAUCGUCUGGGACAUCCUGGACGUGAUAUGAUGAUCCGUAUUCUUAAAAAUUCACACGGUCAUCCGUUUUUCAGAGCACAGAGACGUAUGGGAACACACAUAGCCACCGAAAAUGGUGGUAGUGCCGUGAGCACUACUCAUGGUCAGGGCUCGGCCUUAAUGUUGUCCCAAAUGCAGUCACAGCCUUCACAGGCUUCUGUGCCGCAUGGUUCCACUCCUGAUGCCUCUAUGAGGAUCCAAGGUGAUAUUUGUGGACCUAUCAAACCAGAAUGCGGACCAUUUCAAUACUUUAUGGUUCUGGUUGAUGCAUCUACGCGUUGGUCACACGUCGCUUUGCUAUCCACAAGGAAUGCUGCAUUUGCUAAACUCCUGGCUCAAAUUAUAAAACUCAGGGUUCACCACCCUGAUCAUCCGAUCAAGUCUAUUCGAUUGGAUAAUGCAGGAGAGUUUACAUCAAAAUCUUUUGAUGAUUAUUGCAUGUCUAUUGGGAUUGAUGUUGAACAUCCCGUUCCCCAUGUUCAUUCACAAAACGGUCUUGUAGAAGUAACAAUCAAGCGGUUACAGCUUAUGGCUCGGGCUUUGGUGAUGCGCACCAAUCUACCCGUAUCUGCAUGGGGUUAUGCAAUUUUACAUGCAGCUAUACUUAUUCGUUUCAGACCCACCGCCAACCAACCAUUUAGUGCGUACCAGUUGGUCACUGGAUAUGAGCCUGACAUUUCACACUUACGCAUAUUUGGUUGCACGGUCUAUGUGCCUAUUACGCCUCCACUGCGUACUAAAAUGGGUCCUCAAAGACGAUUGGGUAUAUAUGUUGGCUUUGAAGCACCAACGAUUGUCUGCUAUUUAGAACCUUUAAUAGGAGAUCUCUUUACUGCAAGAUUUGCAGAUUGUCACUUUGAUGAGACAUACCUCCCGUCGUUAGGGGGAGAAAGGAACGGUAAUGUUUCGGUUGAACGACAGGAAUUGUCGUGGUCUGUCCCCACUAUGUCUCAUUAUGAUCCCCGCACAUCUCAGAGCGAGAUUGAAGUGCAAAGAAUUCUUGAUCUUCAGAAAGUUGCAGAUUCGAUGCCUGACUCCUUUACUGAUAUCGCGAAAGUGACGAGAUCAACUAUCACUGCUGCAAACGUUCCUGCAAGGUUGGAAGUCCCGAAAACUGGGCAAGUUAAUGCCACACCCAGGCUAGGCACCACCGGCGUUGCCGACGUACCUAAUGCCCAUGGUGGAAGGGUGGCUACGACCUCGGCUCCCACCCGGAAGAGGGGGAGACCAAAGACAGGUUCAAUCGAUGUCUUGCCGCGGAAAAAGCAAGACAUCAAGGCACAAAAUGAUCCGCUCAUCAUCAAUACUGUGAAUCCAUCACAUGAGAUUGUCUCUGACUAUAGCUAUGUCCAUGAAUCGAUAUUGAAACCUCUGGGGGACACCUCAGAAUUAAUGUUGAUGUCAGAGAACAAAGAAAUCUCGUUAAAUUACACAAGUUGGCUCGUUCUUAUGGAUAGGUCUUCCAUGUUUAUUGAUGAUGCUUUUGCUUAUUCCGUCGCUCAGGAGAUUAUUGACAACGAUGAAAUAGAACCUCGCUCUAAACGUAAUGAGAAGAAUGAAGUCAUGCGAUAUAAAGCUAGACUUGUGGCGCAAGGAUUCUCGCAACGCCCUGGUAUUGAUUAUGACGAGACGUAUUCUCCUGUUAUGGACGUCAUUACUUUCCGCUACUUGGUCAGUUUAGUAGUGUCCGAAAAACUGAAUAUGCAACUUAUGGAUGUGGUUACCGCAUAUCUCUAUGGGGAUCUUGAUACAGAGAUAUAUAUGAAAGUGCCUGACGGCCUUUCGUUGCCCAACUCAAGUGACUCUAAACCACGAAGUGCUUAUGCCAUCAGAUUGAGGCGUUCACUAUAUGGAUUGAAACAAUCCGGACGAAUGUGGUAUACUCGUCUAAGUGAUUACUUGAUUGGGAAGGGAUACAAAAACGAUGAUUUGUGCCCAUGCGUGUUCAUAAAAAGAACAAGUUCCGGAUUCACAAUUGUAGCAGUCUAUGUUGAUGAUAUGAAUAUCAUCGGAAAUCUCAAUGAGAUCAAUGAGACGGUUAGCUACUUGAAAUCCGAGUUUGAGAUGAAAGAUCUUGGGAGGACUCGAUUUUGCCUAGGCAUUGAACUAGAGCAUCGAGGGACUAGAAUCUUAAUACACCAGUCGGCUUAUGUCCAAAAGAUGCUCAGGCGAUUCAAUAUGGACAAAGCACAUCCUCUUGGCACUCCCAUGAUUACUCGAAGUCUAGAUAUUAAAAAGGAUCUAUUUUGUCCGAAAGAUGACGAUGAAGAGAUCCUGGGAGUUGAAACUCCAUAUCUUAGUGCGAUUGGAGCUCUGUUAUAUUUGGCUCAGUGCACUCGAUCAGACAUUGCAUUCUCUGUGAACUUGUUAGCUAGAUUUAGCUCUACGCCAACGCAUCGUCAUUGGAAUGGUGUUAAGCACAUCUUCAGGUAUUUGAAGGGUUCCAUUGACUUAGGCCUGUUCUUUCCCUACAGUGAAACAAGAGAGCAAAAGAUCAUGUCUGGGAUCGGUGGAUCACAGCCCUCGGCCUCCCACCAAGAGACUGUGUCAGACGCUGCCAUAGUCGCGAUUCAUGCGCAUGGUAGACUAGUCCCCUAUCCUGAAACACCGAAUAAUGUGUUAGUUGGAUUUGCUGAUGCUGGGUAUCUCUCUGACCCACAUAAAGGACGUUCCCAGACUAGAUAUGUGUUCACAAUUGGGAAUACAGCGAUAUCUUGGAGAUCAACCAAGCAAACCCUUGUUGCUACUUCCUCGAAUCAUGCUGAGAUUAUUGCACUACAUGAAGCAGUUAAAGAAUGUGUUUGGCUUCGGUUUGUAGUGUCUCAUAUUCGAGAGUCUAGUGGAUUACCAUCUACUACGGCUGAACCAACUUGCAUCUAUGAGGAUAAUGCGGCUUGCAUUGAACAGAUGAAGUUAGGUUACAUUAAGGGUGAUAAUACUAAACAUAUCUCGCCAAAGUUCUUUUACAAUCAGCAACAACAACAGUUUUUGAAUAUCCAUGUGAACCAGGAGACGGUUUUUGUGCCAUUUGGUGAAGGCUCUUUGGGUUCUGGAGUUGGUGGUACUAGGAUUGAAGGAUCUUCAUUACUCAGCUCCUUCCUGUAUCAUUCUUUCCGGUUAGUUGUCACCUUCCCAUUAGAUACUUUGUGUCGUAGAACAGAGAUGAAGUGUCUUUUUGUUAUCGUCUGCACCUCUCUAUACUAUUUUUCGGUCUUGAAUCUGUCCACCGCAGCUGACACCCUAGCUGCAUCACAAUCCAUAGUCGGCUCUGAUACCUUGGUUUCUUCCGGCCAAAGCUUUGAACUAGGACUUUUCUCCACAGGCAAUUCUGGAGCAUGGUAUCUAGGAAUAUGGUACAAGAAUUUUCCAGAUAUUGUUGUAUGGGUUGCAAAUAGAGAAAAUCCACUUGCCAAUUCUUAUGGAGCCAUGACGUUGUCCAAAAAUGGAAGUUUAGUCCUUUUAGACCAAAUGAAUAGCACUAUUUGGUCUUCUAGUCCUUCCAGAGAAGCUGAAGAUCCUGUUGCACAGCUUUUGGACACUGGAAACCUUGUUGUUAUAGACAAGGCUCUGACUAGUUCCGAAAGUUAUAUAUGGCAAAGUUUUGAUUUCCCAUCGGACACACUGCUACCAGGAAUGAGGCUGCUAUUGAACUUCAAAACAGGUCCAAACCAAUUCUUGACUUCUUGGGAAAAUGCUAGUGACCCGUCUCUUGGACUAUAUACAUAUAAGAUUGAAAACAUUGUGUUGCCUCAGCUUGUUCUUGCUCAAGGAUCAAAGAAACAAUUCCGCAGUGGACCUUGGAAUGGUCUUCGGUUUACUGGUCUUCCUGAUUCAAGCAACGAAAUUUUGCAACCAAGUUAUGUUUAUAACACAAAUGAGUUGUAUUAUAUCUAUAAAGCUAAUGACAAUUCUGUUAUUACCCGAUCAAAGCUAACUGAAACAGGUGAGGUGCAAAAGCUAGUGCUGAAUAAAGGGAGUACUGAAUGGGCUGUUAUGUAUACAUUGCAGAAUGAUAGAUGCGACAAUUACGGAGAGUGUGGUGCAAAUGGCAUAUGCAAAGUUGACAGAACACCCAUCUGUGAGUGCUUGCAGGGGUUUGUCCCAAAAUCACACCAAGAAUGGGAGGUUCUCAAUUGGUCAAGUGGUUGCAAGAGAGAGACACCAUUGGAUUGCCAGAAGGAGGAAGGGUUUUUGAAAUUUCAAAAUAUAAAACUUCCAGACCUGUUGGAUUUUUCGGUGAAUAACAGCAUGAACAUUAAGGAAUGUGAAGCAGAGUGUUUGAAGGAUUGUUCUUGUGUAGCUUAUGCUAAAUCAAAUAUGAGUACUGGAGGCAUUGGCUGUCUGAUGUGGUUCGGAGAGCUUAUAGAUAUGCGUGAGUUCAUUGAUGAAGUUAAUGAUCAAGAUCUAUAUAUUCGGAUGCCAGCUUCAGAACUAGGCAAUACUAGUCAGAAGGACAAAAGAGUAGUAUUGAUCUUGGUCAUAUCAGCAGCUGCUGUACUUCUUUUUCUGGGUCUCUCAUGCUGGUGUAUUGUUCUGAAGAAGAGAGCAAAGCUAAAGGUUUAUUCAGGUUCAAGAUCAAGCAAGGAAGACAUAGAGUUGCCACUAUUUGAUUUUCAUACAAUUGAAAUUGGCACCAAUUACUUUUCCUGGCAAAACAAACUUGGAGAGGGAGGUUUUGGUCCAGUUUACAAGGCUAACCUAAGACAAGAUGAAUUAGUAGCAGUAAAGAGGCUCUCAAGAGGUUCUGGACAAGGUCUUAAAGAGUUUAGAAAUGAAGUUACAAUGAUAGCCAAUCUUCAACACCGGAAUCUUGUUAAACUUUUAGGCUGCUGCAUUGAAGGAGAAGAAAGGAUGCUAAUCUAUGAGUACAUGCCCAACAAAAGCUUGGACUUCUUUAUCUUUGAUCAAAACAGAAAGAAGCUGCUUAAUUGGCAAAAGCGGUUUGACAUUAUCAUGGGAAUUGCACGAGGACUUCUCUACCUCCACCAAGACUCGAGAUUAAGAAUCAUUCAUAGGGACCUUAAGAGUAGCAACAUCUUGCUAGACGAUGAGCUGGCCCCAAAGAUAUCUGACUUUGGCAUAGCAAGAAUUUUUGAACAAAAUCAAACUGAAGGAAAAACAAAACGAGUAAUUGGCACAUAUGGAUAUAUGUCUCCUGAGUACACCAUUGAUGGCAAGUUUUCAGUGAAAUCGGAUGUCUUCAGUUUUGGGGUGCUAUUAUUAGAGAUAAUUAGUGGCAGAAAGAACAUAGGGUUCAAUCAUCCAGAUCACAACCACAAUCUUCUGGGACAUGCAUGGCUACUAUGGAACAAAAACAAGGUUUUAGAACUGUUAGAUCCAUGCUUGGAGUACUCAUACAUGGAGUACGAGGUGCUAAGAAGUAUUCAAGUGGGUCUAUUAUGCGUACAAAAGCUACCCAAUGACAGGCCAGAAAUGUCAUCAGCGGUGUUCAUGUUAUGCAAUGAAGAAGCAACAUUGCCUGAACCAAAGGAGCCUGGUUUCUUCACAGAAAGAAGCUCCGUAGACAGCGAAACCUUAACAGGAGGAGGGAGAAGCCAAACAGGACUCACAAUUACUAUUUCGACAUUGGAGGCUAGAUAAACGAUUCAUGCAUGCAUGAAAGUAUUGAGUCAAUGUAAAUUUCAGUCCUGUCUCUCAACCCAUAUUUCGGAUUCACGCAUUUUUAUACAAACAUGGGGAGAUCAAAGACCCUGACUUCAUAAAGUUUCAAUCUGAGGAUACUCAAAUGUAAACUCAGCCUCUAAAUUAUGUAUUGAUAUCUUGUUCAUUGGUUACCCCUGUGAUCAGCCAGAAAUAUCUUUCUUUG